AUGGAUGCAGAUGAUGUACUGACAGAGCUUCUGCAGCCCAGCGAAGCACAGCAAGAUGAGGAAAUGCAAGAAGCAGACUUUUGGAACGGUGUGGGCGAGGAAGAUUAUGUGGUGGAGGUGGAAGAGCCAAUUGCUGCAACUGCUGGCCCACCUUCUGAGGUGGAGGCCCGGGAGACGAACGUGGCAAUUGCGCCUGUCGAUGAUCCUGAAGAAAUUGACGCAGCAAGUGACACCCUCGAAGUCACGCUUGAGGAUGCAAAGACGCUGGCGGAGAGGUUGCCUGUGCUGGCAAAAGCCUCUGGAGCACGAUUUGAGCUGCUGGCGACCACAUUGGAGAUCAAAGGCCCGCGAGACAUACGGAGAAAGGCCAACCAGCAAGUGCACGCCAUCCUGGGCAAGAGCCUUUCACAAGGCAUCGCGCGCGCGGAGGAUGUCACAACUGUGCUUGUAUUGCCAGAGUGGGCCGAGACAUGGGAAGGAAGGCAGGCAAUGGAGGAAGAGUUGAGCGUCCUCAUCACAACUGAGGAAUUGAAAGGACGAGCCGCUCUGGCUUGUGGUCAGAUGGCUGGUCUCCCUUACUGGCAGAAGUGCUCCACAGGGUGGCUCGAGCGCAUCCAGCCUGUCAUCGUGAAAGCAGUAUCGCCCGGAGGAACGAAAACUAAAAUCAAGUGGUGCUGGGACGGCAGCAUCAAGGAAGUUGACGGCACCCAGUUGCAGGCGGCAAUUCGAGUUUCCAUCCAUGGAAGGCCUCAGAAUCGAGCAAUGGCAGUCAGCAAGAUCCUCUCAGAAGCUGACAAGGAGGCAGCGCAACAGAAAGCGGAUAAGCAGUCGGAGCUUUCCUCGGGAAGGAAAGACAACAUCUCCGCAAGCUGCCCUUGGAUGAGACAAACAAAGACGGUGAUUGUUCGCCUCAGAGAAAUCAAGAGUGCUGAAGCGGAGAAGCGAGAGCUGGAUGAAGUCACCAGCUUCGUGUCCAAUGCGUAUGAGGCAGGAGAUGGCAGUGAAUUUGCCGUUUUUGGGCAUCAGCUCGCGCAGAAGAAAGUCCUUGCCAACACCUUUGCACUCAUCGAGCGACAGGUCCCAGGAUAUGUAUUGCCGAAGGACCCGCAGGAGGAGCUCGACAAGGUAAGCUUUGGCUUAGACAAGCUGCGCUUGCCAUUCGAAUUUCAGGAGAACGCCAGUGCUUUGAAAGCGGAAAUUCUGUCUGGCGCGGCCGAUUGCCAUGCAACUUGCGUUGCUGACCUGUUGCUGGUAGCCGGAGAUCCACACCAAAGGCAACGCGCAAAGGAAUACGCAUAUUUCCUUCGUGGCAAAUGUGAUGGCAGAUUCCCAAGGGUGCCGAGCCUGGAAACUCGCACUGAUGCCCUGACCCUUUGGGUCGAUGAACGGGCCCCAAAGUCAAAGUGGUUCAUGGAACAGCUGAAGGAGCUCAUGAAGGCUGAGAAAGACGGAAGACCAACAGGACUGGAAGUCGAAGCGGUGGAACUCGUGGAAGACGAAGGGAUGGGCUGCCUGGUGAGGAGGCUCUACCGCCUGGUUGGCAAAAGUCAUGCCAAGGGCUCGACUAUGAACACGUGGUCUUUCAUCGUUUAUGCCCGAGAUCUCCACGCAUCUUCACGCGGUAUCUCCUUGGCACCUCGGCAUGGCCAGUCGCUUCUCUUCUUGUUCGGCACCAAGAUGCGGCCAGAAGUGUUGGAGUUCCUGGAGCAUGUUGAGCUAGCCACACAGGAGCAGUCCGUGGGCCCAGAGCAGAGCCAGAUUUUUCUACCCAUUGCGCUGCAGCCGGUUAUGGCGGCCGAGGGUGCGUCGUUGCUUUUGUGCACGCCUGAGUCUUGCAGCGAGCGAUACAAACACUUGCUCAGCCUGGCCUCCGCCACCUGGCAGUCAGGUGUCCUGAAUGCGGCCCACUUCUACCAGAUCGCAGAAGAAGCAUGCUACUUUUCGAAGGGUUGUGAGUACCAGUCCAGAUCUUCCACCGUGACGGCCCAACCAAGUUUGGUGUAUGUCUCGUGCGCUUACAAAGCGGAGGUUGUGGAGGCAGAUUGGCAGUUCGGGUAUGGUGCUUCAGCGGCACCUGUGUAUUUUGCCACUGGAUAUGGACAGAUGGAUGAUCGCUGGGUUUCACAUUUUCUGAACAGAGCCUUGGACUUGAGGCUACCGCGUUUGGUCUUUGCGACUCCGACUGCACAGUGGAUGCUGUCGUGUGAAGACGUCCGACAGACCCGGCAGAGACUGCCCGAGUUGCUAUGUUUGCGCUUCUCAAGCAAACCAGCUAGACCGCUUGACGUACAUGACAAGGCCAAGUUCUUCUUGUUACCUUUGUUUCUGACCCUGGGCCUCGACAUAGUUUCUUUGGACUUGGACGUCUUCUUGUUCAAGGACCCCACACCAAGACUUCUGGAAACCGUCUACAACAAGGCCCACAAUCCUUUGGAUGUAGCGGUUACUGACCAUUUCGACGGCACCUGCCUGAAUGCAGGGGUGCUCUACGUCCGGGCAAGCGACCAAGCGUUGUUGUGGAUGUUGCAAUUUGUGGAGUGGCUCCACAACUACCCAUAUGGUCACUUUCAGAACGGUUUGGAUGCUUUUCUUGGCCACUCCAUACUCGAGCCGCAGCUUCCCGAUAAUUUGACAUCACAGACACAGAUGGCUGCGAACGUAUCUUACGCUGUGCUUGGGACCGACUUGGAGUAUGUCACUCUGGCAGGCUGGGCUGGGUCACUGCUGAAGCAGCGGCAUCAGGCGCUCCUGCUGCAUUUCACCCCUGCCAUCUCGGCGGCCGGGGGCUGA